AUGAGUAUUCAUGGAAAAAAUAGUGGGAUUCAAAUAGCUUAACAUUAAAGUCCUGCAAGAGUAAUUAAGGAAGUUUCAGAUAUUUCCAAAGAAUUUACAGCUAGAAAAGUUUUGGAAAGGAGAAUCUCUGAGUUGGAAUUGAAAUUGAAAUAAUAAGAAAAUGUUAUUUAGAAAUAUUAAUGCUAAUUGGAUGAAGCAUCUUAGGAGACAUAUAAAAUAGGUAGAUAAUUUGAGGAUGCAUUGAAUGAUGUUAGAUAGAUGAGAUUAUUAGGAGAGAAGAAAGAUCAGUAAAUAGGAAUAUUGUUGGAGGAGAAUGAUAAAGUAGUGUAAUUAUUAGAGAUGUAAAGAAAUAAUUAAUAGAUGGAUAUGAUAGAUACUAUUUAGAAAUUGGAAUAAUAAGUACGAGAUCGUUUUAUUUGUGAAAAAAGAUUAAAUGAUGAAAUCUAAUCAUAUAAAAUCAAAGUAAUCAAAUUAAAGUAAAUAAUUAGUUACAUUAAGUUGAAGAUUAACUCAAGGAUAGAAAUCAUCUUAUAGAAGAUUUAAGAGAUAAAUUUACUAAUCUAGAAAAACAAUGUUCAACUGAUGAUUAAUUAGGUGUACUUGAAAAUAAGAGAGGAAAGGAGAUUGAAAUUUUAACUCUAUAAAAUGGUGAUUUAUAAUUGAAGAUUUAAAAUUUAACAAGCAAAAUAUAAUUACUCUUGGAGGAAAACGGUAAUUUAUAGAAAACAAUAGGAAAUUAAAAUAAUGAAGUUAAAUUUUAAUAAGAAGAUAAGUUUUAAAAAAUGAUUAAAAUAAUUAAUGAAAAUCAUUAGAAAGAGAUAUAAAAAUUAAAGGAAUAAAAUAAAUUGGAAUUAUAAGAGAAAAUAGAAAUUAUUGAAAAUUUAAAGACAAAUUAGAAUUUGAACAAUCAAAAUAAUAUUUAAGUAGAUGAUUUAAAAUCAGCCAAAAAUACUAUUUCAAAUUUAUAAUCUGAAGUAUCAAAAUUAAAUUUAUCAAAAUAUAAGUCGCUUUAAGGAGAAGUAGAUGACAUCCAUUUGUAAUAUGAAAAAUUGCUAAAAAAAAACAAUUAGUUGAAUGAAUAGAAUUUCUUAUUGUAAUAAAGAAUAAGAAAAGAUGAAAUUAAUAACAAAGAGAAAAUAUCUGAAUUAGAAUAGACCAAUGUUAAAUUAUUAGAAAUUCAAUAAAUUAAUGAAACUAAAAUAGAAGAGUUAUAAUAAAAAUUGAAAUAACUACCAACUAGAGUUAGAGAGAAGAGUAUGGAUGAUCUAAAAUUAAGAGUGGAACAAACCAAAUUAACAGAAUAAGAUAAUAAAAUUAAGAAAUUAUAAGAAAAGAUUGACUUAUUGAAUAUAGAAAUUAAAGAGAAGAAUUAAAAAAUAAAUCAAUUGUAAGAAUAAAUCAAAUAGGCUAUUUAUGAGAAAGAUAAUGCAAUUUAAUAAAUUAAAUUAGAAUGUGCUUAGGAAGUCAAAUAAGUUCAAGAUUAAAUGAAAAUGGAACUUUUUAAUUAAUAAAAACAAUUUAAUGAAAAUUAAAGACCAUAUCAAGAAUAAAUGAAGAGUUCAUAAAUUGAAUAAAAUAAGUUAAAAUCUCAAGCAUAAAGAUAUUAAAAUGAAAUUAAAGCUUUGGAAAAUAAAAUUGCAAGUAUUAAUAAAUCAUAUUUAAUAAUAGAUUUGUUAAUUGAAAAAGAAUAGAUUAAUAAUUAAAUGGAGAAAAUAAAAGUUACAGUAGAGAAUUUAAAGAAGGAUAAAUAAUUUUAGGAAUUGAAAAUUUAAGAGAAUUUAAGAGAGAUUGAAAGUUGGAAGGAAAAAUAUGUAAAGAGUGUAUCAAAUUGUGAGAAAUAAAAUGAGAGAGCUUAAAAGGAAUAAUCAAAGGCAGAAGGUAUUUGGAUGUAAUAAAGAAAUUUUAAGGUUAUAAAGAAGAGAUUAAUAAAUUGAAUGAACAAUUGGAGGAUAUAAUUGAAUAAAACAAUAAUUUAGAGGAAUAAUUAUAGAAAGCACAAUUAGAGUCUCGAAAUCUAAGAAAUUAAUUAAUGGAUGGAGUGAGAAGAGAAAGUGGUUUAGAAAAUUAAUCUAAUGGGUUUAAUAAACCAAAUGAAUGA